CAACUUUACAAAGUAUACGUCGACGACUUAAUAAACGCGCAACCCAAAAACAACAAUUCAACUUCUUAUUUUACUCCUUUUUUUUAAUAAAAUCCCCUCUUCAUUUUUUCUUCGUCAAAACCAGAGAAAAUACUUGCCGGAAUUUUCUCUCUCCUCUUUCUGUCUCUCCCAUUCAAUUCACGCGUCUUCUUUCUCCUUCAAAUUCUUCAGAAAAAUAGUUGGGAUUUUGGGUUUUAGAGGAGAGAGAAAAUGGGAAGUGCAUGUUCAGUAGGAGUCAUGGGAGGACGCAGGAUUAGUUCUGAAGAGUUGGAGCAGAAAAUUGAAGAGCAGAACAAAAAAAUUAACAACAACAACAACAAUAAUAAUAGUAUUAAUAAUAAGUUGAAAAGAAUUAGAAGUUUUGGUAAUUUGAAGAAGAAGAAAAACAAGGAUUCUGCUGAUGAUCCCAUUUCUGCUUCUCCUCUCAGAUUUUAUUCUGGUGAGUUGGGAAUUUCCGGCGAUCUCAAGAUUCCACCAAGAGAAUCGUCAUUUAUCGGAAGAGCCAGUUUUGCUGGGCUAGAGAAGGCUGUUGAUGUCUUGGAUGCACUUGGAAGUGGAAUGACAAACUUGAGCAAUAGUGGAUUUUUGACAGGCAAGGCAACCAAGGGGAACAAAAUAUCGAUAUUGGCGUUUGAAGUAGCAAACACAAUCACACGAGGAGUGAACCUAAUGCAAUCUCUCUCCAAGGAGAAUGUCAGGUUCAUAAAAGAGGAGGUUGUUCCGUCAGAAGGGGUUCAGCAUUUGGUUUCUUUAGACACUAAGGUGUUGCUAAGUUUAGCUGCUUCAGACAAAAGGGAGGAACUUGACGUCUUCUGCAAGGAAGUAAUCAGAUUCGGCGACCUUUGUAAAGACCCACAAUGGCAUAACUUGAAUCGGUAUUUUGCAAAACUGGAUUCUGAAAAUGCAGUAGGUGGACCACAAAGAGAACAGGACAAAAUGCAAGAGUUGAUGGCUUUAGUUCAGCAUACUUCUGAAUUGUACCACGAGCUGAAUGCUUUUGACAGAUUCGAGCAGGACUAUAGGCAGAAGGUUGAAGAGUUGAAGUCGUUAAAGUUGCCUCGUAAAGGGGAGCAUCUCAUGAUGUUAGACAGCGAGCUAAGACAACAAAAGAAGAUUGUAGUGAGCUUGAAGAAGAAAUCUCUUUGGUCCAGAAAGUUGGAGGAGGUCAUCGAAAAGCUUGUUGAUAUUGUUGCGUUCAUACAUCAAGAGAUCACAGAAGUAUUUGGAGAAGGUUGUGUAGGAACUGGUGAACAGGCUGGCUUAAGUACUCGGAGACUAGGUCCUGCUGGUCUUGCUUUACAUUACGCAAAUAUUGUCAACCAAAUUGACAACAUUGCGUCCAGACCCAGUUCUCUUCCCCCUAAUAUAAGGGAUACUCUGUAUCGCGGAUUACCAGUUAGUGUCAAGACUGCUAUGCGCUCCAGUUUGCGAAAAAUCCGUACUGAUGAAGAGCUUGAAGUCCCUCAAAUUAAAGCUGAAAUGGAGAAGACUCUUCAAUGGCUUGCUCCUAUGGCGUCAAACACUCUAAAAGCACAUCAAGGUUUCGGUUGGGUUGGAGAGUGGGCCAAUGCCAGCAUUGAAUACAACAAAAAGACGGCUGGAAAUGGCAAUUUGAUCCGUCUUCAAACUCUCUAUCAUGCUAAUAAAGAGAAUAUGGAUGGUCACAUCCUCACUCUUAUAACACUGCUUCAUCAGCUGAUUAGUGGGAUGAAACGAAGAGAUUACGGACUCAAGACAAUACCUCCUCUUCAAUCUCCUAGCAAAAAGAUCCUUGUGCUCAACUCACCCAUGAAGAGAUUUCCAUCCCUAUAUGAUGGUAAUAAACCCCUAAGAGUUGAGCUCACUAGGGAGGACAGGAAAUUGCUAGAAAUAAUGAGCCAGACAAAACGCGCUCCAGGAAUUAGCAAAAGUCAGGAACUUGGCAAGGCAUCUCAAAAAGUAACUAAAACUUGGACAUGGAGUAAGAGUCUUGAGACUUCUCCAGAUACUGAACCACGAUCUCAUCGCAUUGCAAACUAUUACGAUGAUGGCUACUUGGACGUGAUGAGUGGUGGCAUUGAAGCACCAUUUUGAGGAGCUGCAUGCACAGUCUUUGCUUAAAAAUCAUCCCCCUUUAUUCGUUAUAAUUGUACUACUGUAUAUAAUGGCAUAUAUUGCGAGUUUUUGUAUUGUACAUACAUAGAUCUUAGAUGCAUUAUAUUCAAUUGACAUCAUAUCAUAGUAAUCAUACUCUUGAUCGGGUAUAUAAUGGGAGAUUAAUGGUCAACUAGCUAUCUCAAAUGUAUUAAGUGGUUCCCUCGAAAAUGUAUUGGAUGGUAGUAAUGUUGAGUUUUUCAGGUUUA